AGGAUUUUCACACUUAUUAAGAAACCAUAUUAAAACUUAGUUAUUAAUGCAUAGUUUUUCGUAACUUUAUAUUUCUUAUAUUUUUAAACCAAUAGGAUUAAAAGAAAUGUAAUUAAUAUUUUUGAAACACACAAUUUUUCAUUAUUAGUUGACAAAAUAUGCUUUGAAAACAUAAAAAAUACAUCUUUUGGAAACAAAAUAUUUUCCUAGAACAUCCAUCUUUAAAAAACAGAGGGAGUAUAAUUCUGCCUCGGAAACAACCAACCUCAGCUUCGGCACACCGAACCUCGCUUUAUAUAAUAACACAACCCUCUUCCUCAUCUUCUUACAUUCGUGUUCUGGUCCGUCCUAAUCCGUUUAGCUUUUUAUCAAGACAAGAAAAAGAGUUUCAGAUAUUAUCUUAACCCAAAGAGAUCUAAAAGAAACAUGGCGAUGGUUUCAGGAAGACGUUCUACGCUAAACCCCGACGCGCCUCUGUUUGUUCCGGCGGCUGUUCGACAAGUUGAGGAUUUCUCUCCGGAGUGGUGGCAGUUGGUGACGACUUCGACGUGGUACCAUGACUACUGGAUCAGCCAGCACCAAGGAGCAGAUGGUUUCUAUGAUGGUGAAGUCGAUGUAGCUGAUCUUCUUCCGGAGUCUUUUGAUUUCGAUGACAUGGAAGAUCUCUUUGAGGCAGAUGAGUUCGGUGGGGAGAUCUACCAUGCGCCUUCUGACUUUGGUUUAGGGAAGAACGGUGAGAUGGUGAGGAGAUCGAGUGGGAACAGGAGUCCUAGGUUGGUUGUUGAACCGGCUAAGUAUGCAGAGAAGCCAGCUAAAUGGGCAAACCAGAGGGUUGCGGCUCCAAGAAACAUCCACCAGCCUCGCUGAAUAAGAGAGGGAGGAGGAGUUGUUGUUAAACUAGUCAGAGUUGGUUGUAUGUUAGCUACUGUACCUUAUGUAAUUUUCUUAGUAUUAUUUGCUUUCCCACAAGAGAACUUGUUCUUUGUACCUUUCUGAUUAUGUUCAUUCUCAAAUAAAAAUGUAAAAACAUAAAAAAAAAAGUUGUAAACUCUGAAGAGAAAUGAAAAUUAGAUUUUAUUUCUA